GCCACUCGGCAGCCAUCCACUCCGGGGACAACCCACACACACACACCUCACCACACUUACUGAUGGAGAGCGAUAUGCGUCGGAACACGGACAGGAGGAUCCUGCUCCUCGGUUUGGUCCUGCUCAUCCUGAUGAUCGGCAGCGUGCAGGCCAACAUUAAGCUGUGCGGCGACAAACUGCCCGAGGCUUUGUCCAGGAUCUGCGUCUAUGGUUUUAAUGCCAUGACUAAGAGAACUCUGGAUAAUCCGAUGAACUUUAACUAUAUCGAUGGCUACAAUGACAAUUUGCUGCUGGCUAGGAUGUUUGGGGAAAGUGCCGGCCAGAUGCUGAAGACACGACGUCUCCGGGAAGGAGUCUUCGACGAGUGCUGCUUGAAGUCCUGCCGAAUGGAGGAAUUAAUGCGAUAUUGUGCUUCCAAGCCCAGAACGUGAACUUUCUAUUAACCUUCUAACGACACCUAAGAUUGCUGAAAAGAUAUGAACCGUCUGGGGAACAAAAAAAAACACACACGUAUUUGUUGUUGUUAGGUCGCUAUUGAAGCUUACUCAAUUCCAUUCUUGGAUAUGAUAUAUAUGCACAUGUAUGUGGGAUGUAUGCGCAUAAUUUAUAAUCGGAAAUCAGAGACAGACACGCGAAUCGAAUCGAAUCGAAUCGGAACACCGGGAUGUUAUUCAUGUAGAUAUGAUUGUAAGGGCCUGAAUACAUCGCCUGGGUAUAAAUUAUUAAAUAAAUUAUGUAUUCAAACUGCUGCA